AUGAAAUCAAGUAAUAACUAUAAUAGAACAGACUCUAUCUUCUUCCCUCCCAUUAUAACUAACUAUGUCCCUUUUUUUUUUAGGUAUGAAGUUUUAGAUUUAAUGGGUCAAGGAUCAUUUGGACAAGUUGUAAAAUGUAGAACAUUAAAGACAAAUGAGCUUGUAGCUAUUAAAAUAGUUAAAAAUCAACCUACAUAUAAUAUGUAUGGUGAUAAAGAAGUUGAAAUAUUAUGUAAGCUUAGAGACAGUCCAGAACAUAAAGAACGAUUUUUACAAUUAAAAAAUAGUUUUGUAUUUCGUGGACAUAGAUGCGCAGUAUUUGAAUUACUUGAUAUUAGUUUAUAUAAAUAUUUACACCAAAAACCCGGGAAAGCGAAAUUGGUUAUCCAAGAUAUUCAAAAGAUAGCAUUCCAUAUUCUAGAAACAUUAGAUCUAUUAAAGGAUAUGCGAAUUAUACACACGGACUUGAAGCCAGAUAACAUUUUAUUAAAAAGUCAAGAUAAUGUACAUGAUGUUAAACUCAUUGAUUAUGGAUCCGCAUUCUUUGAAACUGACACAUUAAAUUAUCAUAUUCAAACUGCCUUUUAUCGAUCACCGGAAGUUAUUUUACAAAUGGAAUUUGGUUGUGCAAUUGAUAUGUGGUCAUUUGGUUGUUUUAUCGCUGAAUUAUUUUUAGGAAAGCCGUUAUUUUCAAGUGAUAAUGAAGUCACCUUAAUGCAUGUGAUGGUGACUACUUUAGAUUGCUUCCCUCCAGAUCACAUGCUUCAUCAAGGGAAAAGAUCAAGUGAAUUUUUUCAUUUUCCGAAGCGAAAUAAAAAAGUAUCACACAAUCCUCCAAUUAGACUUCUUCAUCCUCAUAAAAGUAGUCAUCAUACAACACUUGAACAAAAAAUCAUGGAAUUUGAAUCUGAUGAUAGUUAUGAAGAUCGUAAAAUGCUAUAUGACUUUCUUAAACAUAUUUUAAUAUUUGAUCCAGUUGAAAGAUAUUCACCAAGACAAGCAUUAAAACAUUCUUUUAUUACGACAUCCAUGCUAGAACAUGUUCCUUUAGCAACCAUGUAUGCAUCAUUAACAAAAACUAUAAAUACACCACCAUGUACUAUGACAACAAAAGAUCUUCUUCCAAAAAAGUCAAUACUCAAACGUAGUCACACCCCAACACAGCAACCAGAGAAUACAUUAGAUAGCAAAGUUGCUUUCCUAUUUCAACAGCAGCCACCAAUGUCCAUCGUUGAUAGCCAUCGUCAUUCAUCCAUGGAUACUUCUUUAUCUUCUCUUGUUGGCUAUCCGUCUUCUUCUUAUUAUUAUCCUUUUACUACUUUAAAUAAUAAUAAUAAUAGAGGUCUUUAUUCAACUCACUUCAUCUCCCCUACAAUAAACACUAAUAAUAAUAAUACAAUCUGUCAACAACAUCUUACAAAUCCUAAUUCCAUCUUCCUGAGAUAUCCUUCUCCUUUACUUUAUUAUCCAACACCUCAUAUCUUUCAACAACAACAACAACAACAACAGUCACUAUAUCCACAAUCUCCAACCUUGAUUUAUUCUACAAGGAUAUAA